AUGGAGAUCAUCCAUCUACGAAGCCGCAAGGAAACUUACUUGCCUUGGCGAACAAGUCAAGAUAUCUCAAGUCUUCCACUGCCAAGGUUUAUUGUUAUUCGUCUCGGAAAAAGACUUAUUAAAGUUGUUGUUUGGAAUCCAUAUUUAGGGCAAACAAGGUGUAUCGAAUGUAGAUAUUCUCACCGUACUAUUAACCGUGGAUGGGACCGGUUUUGUUACGCCCUCGGAUAUGAGGCUAAGAAUUCUUGUCGUAACCUCAAGUUCUUGAGGUUCAUAGAUAUAUACAACGGUGAACAAGAAAACGAAUUUGACUGGUAUGAAAUCUAUGAUUUCGACUCUGGUUCAUGGAAGACUCUUGAUGUCACUCCAAACUGGCUUUCAUUGUUUGGUUCGCGCGGUGUUUCUUUCAAGGGAAACACUUAUUGGCUUGCUUCAGAAAGGAACUCAGAAGACUACGAUGAUCACAUAAUCUGUUUUGACUUUACAAGAGAGAUGUUUGGGCCGCUUCUACGUCUUCCUUUUGACGCUGGGAAUCGUGACUAUGUCAAUUUAUCUUGUGUUAGAGAAGAGAAGCUUGCUGUUUCAGUUAGGCAUAGACAAACACGGGAGACAGACAUAUGGAUCACGACUAAGAUCGAGGCCGAAGAGGUGUUGUGGAGCAAGUUCUUGACAGUGGAUACGGAAAACCAUCUGUUAACAUCAGAGAGAUUCUUCAUUGAAGAGGAGACGAAACUCGUCAUGGGUUUGGAAUUAAACGGCCGUAGAGAAACUUUUAAAAUCAUUGGAGUCGAGGCUGGAUACUUUACAGAAUUCGAUUUCGGAAAUGGUGUCCACAGAGACUAUAGGGCACAUGCGUGCUCUUAUGUUCCAAGUUUAAUGCAGAUCAAGCAACCUCCUGCAGGACGCAAAUGGAAACAUCAAAGCGACUCAGAAAAGCUUCGAUACGAUCAAAACAAGUCGAGACUUGUCUCACUUGAAAAGCGAGCGGAGGAAGAAAUGAGAAACCCAGUUGAUUUCUUGAGUCAUUGCUUACGUCUAUAG